ACAUCAUCAAUUUUAUCAUUCUUGCAUCAUUAAUGCAUUGUGACAACACAUGUGGAUGUGAAACAAUACUCAAUUUUUUAUAUAUUUGAAAUUCCUCUCUUGCAUUUUUAAUAGUGAACGAAGAACAUUUUUAAAUUUAAUAAAGGCGACAGUUUAAAAGAAUAACAAUGUCUGGAAAUAUUUAUACUUCGGACAAAUCAGGAAGCGACGAGAAUGGCGAUGGAACCGAAGCAAAGCCAUUUAAGACAAUUUUACAGGCAAUGCGACACGCUGGAAAGGAGCCAUUCCCAACAAUUUAUCAGGACGCAAAAGAGGAAGGCGUUAAAUAUGAGCCAGCGGCAAAAUCGCAAUUGAAGAAAGUUCACAAAAUUUGGGCACGAGAACAACAAAAGAAUGACGAUAAAUUAAAAAAAUUACACGAAGACGAGGAGAAGCAUUUGAAAAAUUUGGAAGAAGCUAAAGCAAUAACAAUUGAGGAAGACAAAAGUCUACCGCAAGGGUCUCGUGUUAAAAUUAAUCAAUGCUCCGAAUAUCGUGACAAGAGAAUACAAAUUUUCGGUUGGGUUCACAGACUCCGGAGGCAGGGUAAAUCUCUAAUGUUUAUAACAUUGAGAGAUGGUACAGGAUUUUUGCAGUGCGUUUUGGUUGAUAAACUUUGUCAAACAUACGACGCACUUACUCUGAACACCGAGGCUUCCGUUGAUUUACGCGGCACAUUGAAAAUAGUUCCCGAAGGAAAGACUGCACCAGGAGGUCAUGAAUUGGUUGUCGAUUAUUGGAAAUUAAUCGGCGCUUCGCCACCGGGUGGAGCGGAUUCUAUUUUAAAUGAAGAGGCGCAAGUUGAUGUGCAACUGGACAAUAGACAUAUUAUGAUCCGAGGCGAAAAUACUUCGCGAGUUCUUGUUAUGAGAUCAAUAUUGACCCAAGCAUUCAGAGAUCAUUACAGAGAUCGUGGUUAUUAUGAAGUGACUCCUCCAACUUUGGUUCAGACGCAAGUUGAGGGAGGCUCGACUCUUUUUAAACUCGACUAUUUCGGGGAGGAAGCAUUUUUAACUCAAAGUUCUCAACUUUAUCUCGAAACUUGCAUACCAUCAAUGGGAGAUGUUUAUUGUAUCGCGCAGUCCUAUCGAGCAGAACAAUCCCGAACGAGACGUCAUCUCGCCGAAUAUUCUCACGUCGAGGCAGAAUGUCCAUUCAUUUCUUUCGACGAUCUUCUCGAUCGACUGGAAGACUUAAUUUGCGAUGUCGUCGAUCGUGUUUUGAAAUCCCCAUUGGGACAUUUAGUUAAGGAACUCAAUCCUGAUUUUAAAGUGCCGAAGAAACCAUUCCGAAGAAUGAAUUACAGCGAUGCUAUUAAAUAUUUAAAGGAGCACAAUAUUACUAAGGAGGACGGUAGUUUCUACGAAUUUGGCGAAGACAUUCCUGAAAUGCCUGAGAGAAAAAUGACUGAUGAAAUAAAUGAACCAAUAAUGCUUUGCCGUUUUCCGGCUGAAAUUAAAUCCUUCUACAUGCAACGUUGCCCGGAAGAUGAACGACUCACUGAAUCCGUCGAUGUACUUUUACCAAAUGUGGGAGAAAUUGUCGGCGGUUCUAUGCGUAUUUGGGAAUAUGAAGAACUCUUAAAAGGCUACGAACGGGAAAAUAUUGAUCCAAAACCAUAUUAUUGGUACACCGAUCAGCGUAAAUACGGAACUUGUCCCCAUGGUGGCUAUGGAUUGGGCUUGGAAAGAUUUCUCUGUUGGCUACUAAACAGAUAUCAUAUCAGAGAAGUUUGUCUCUAUCCACGUUUCCUCGAACGUUGUCGUCCAUAAAUGUCUCGCAAAUAAACGCGAAUAAUGUUGAGAAUAUUUUUUUUUUCAAUCCUGUCUAACUUAAAUCAAUUAUAAGCUUGUCAUAGAUUUGCAAUAAUUAAAUAAAGAAUACCAAACAA